GCGCGGGAACCGGCGGGGGGGCGGAGCUGUAGUCCCGGCGGCGGAAGGAGGAGAGGAAGAAAGGGGCGAGACCCGGUGCCCGGCAGCGGCGCGAGGCUCUCGCUCGGCGCGCGGGCGUCUCCAGCCGGGCGCGCGGCGUUCGAGGGUCGGUGUCGGCGCCGAGCCCUCUCCCGGGCAGCCGCCGCUACUGCUGCAGCUGCUGCCGCCACUGCUGCCGUGUGGCUCGGGCGGCGACGGAGCGGGGCCGGCCGCGGGGCGGGCGGGGAGGGAGGAGGCGGUGAAGGCGGCGGGCCGGGGGGGAAGAUGCCGCUGGCGCAGCUGGCGGACCCGUGGCAGAAGAUGGCUGUGGAGAGCCCGUCCGACAGCGCUGAGGUUUUUUUCUUUCCCCCAAGUGAAGAUCUGAGGAGAGGACAGAAUGGACAGCAAAUUAUGGAUGAACCUAUGGGAGAGGAGGAGAUUAAUCCACAAACUGAAGAAGGCAGUAUCAAAGAAAUUGCAAUCACACAUCAUGUAAAGGAAGGACAUGAAAAGGCAGAUCCUUCCCAGUUUGAACUUUUAAAAGUACUAGGGCAGGGAUCAUUUGGAAAGGUUUUCUUAGUCAAAAAAAUCUCAGGCUCUGAUGCUAGACAGCUUUACGCCAUGAAAGUAUUGAAGAAGGCCACAUUGAAAGUUCGAGACCGUGUUCGGACAAAAAUGGAGCGUGAUAUCUUGGUAGAAGUUAACCAUCCUUUUAUUGUCAAGUUGCAUUAUGCUUUUCAAACUGAAGGGAAGUUGUAUCUUAUAUUGGACUUUCUCAGGGGAGGAGAUUUGUUUACACGCUUAUCCAAAGAGGUCAUGUUCACAGAAGAAGAUGUCAAAUUCUACUUGGCUGAACUUGCGCUUGCUUUAGACCAUCUACAUAGCCUGGGAAUAAUCUAUAGAGACUUAAAACCAGAAAACAUACUUCUUGAUGAAGAAGGUCACAUCAAGUUAACAGAUUUUGGCCUAAGUAAAGAGUCUAUUGACCAUGAAAAGAAAGCGUAUUCUUUUUGUGGAACUGUGGAAUACAUGGCUCCAGAAGUAGUUAAUCGUCGAGGUCAUACUCAGAGUGCGGACUGGUGGUCUUUCGGUGUGUUAAUGUUUGAGAUGCUCACUGGUACACUACCUUUCCAAGGAAAAGAUCGAAAAGAAACAAUGACUAUGAUUCUUAAAGCCAAACUUGGGAUGCCACAGUUUUUGAGUCCUGAAGCCCAGAGUCUUUUACGAAUGCUUUUCAAACGAAAUCCUGCAAACAGAUUAGGCGCAGGACCAGAUGGAGUUGAAGAAAUUAAAAGACAUUCAUUUUUCUCAACAAUAGACUGGAAUAAACUGUAUAGAAGAGAAAUUCAUCCACCUUUUAAACCUGCAACUGGCAGGCCUGAAGAUACUUUCUAUUUUGAUCCUGAGUUUACUGCGAAAACUCCCAAAGAUUCACCUGGCAUUCCACCUAGUGCUAAUGCACAUCAGCUUUUUCGGGGGUUUAGUUUUGUUGCUAUUACCUCAGAUGAUGAAAGCCAAGCUAUGCAGACAGUUGGUGUGCACUCAAUUGUUCAGCAGUUACACAGGAACAGUAUUCAGUUUACUGAUGGAUAUGAAGUAAAAGAAGAUAUUGGGGUUGGCUCCUACUCCGUUUGCAAGAGAUGUAUACAUAAAGCCACAAACAUGGAGUUUGCAGUGAAGAUUAUUGAUAAAAGCAAGAGAGACCCUACAGAAGAAAUUGAAAUUCUUCUUCGUUAUGGACAACAUCCAAACAUUAUUACUCUAAAGGAUGUAUAUGAUGAUGGAAAAUAUGUGUAUGUAGUGACAGAACUUAUGAAAGGGGGUGAAUUGCUGGAUAAAAUACUUAGACAGAAAUUUUUCUCUGAACGAGAGGCCAGUGCUGUCCUGUUUACUAUAACCAAAACUGUUGAAUAUCUUCACGCACAAGGGGUGGUUCACAGAGACUUGAAACCUAGCAACAUUCUUUAUGUGGAUGAAUCUGGCAAUCCAGAAUCUAUUCGAAUUUGUGAUUUUGGCUUUGCCAAACAGCUAAGAGCAGAAAAUGGUCUUCUCAUGACUCCUUGUUAUACUGCAAAUUUUGUUGCACCAGAGGUUUUAAAACGACAAGGCUAUGAUGCGGCUUGUGAUAUAUGGAGUCUUGGUGUCCUCCUCUAUACAAUGCUCACUGGUUACACUCCAUUUGCAAAUGGCCCUGAUGAUACACCAGAGGAAAUAUUGGCACGGAUAGGAAGUGGAAAAUUCUCACUCAGUGGUGGCUACUGGAAUUCUGUUUCAGACACAGCAAAGGACCUGGUGUCAAAGAUGCUUCAUGUGGACCCUCAUCAGAGACUGACUGCUGCCCUUGUGCUCAGACAUCCUUGGAUCGUCCACUGGGACCAACUGCCGCAAUACCAACUCAACAGACAGGACGCACCGCAUCUAGUCAAGGGUGCCAUGGCAGCUACAUACUCUGCUUUAAACCGUAAUCAGUCACCAGUUUUGGAACCAGUAGGCCGCUCUACUCUUGCUCAGCGGAGAGGUAUUAAAAAAAUCACCUCUACAGCCCUGUGAAGUGACCUCAGUGAGAUAUUUGGUACCAUGGUGUAAGCUGAUAGCACAAGUUCUGGCGACAGGUAGCACAUAUCUGAGAGACACCUGCAGGCACACACUGUCCCAGCUGGUACCCAUAAUGCUGCUGCUCCUGCUGCUCUCCCGCUUUCGUCUCUUCUCGCUUUAAAUGAUUGUUAGCAGGUUAGAUUUUCCUGGAGCUUCGGCUGAAUUGAAAAUGGAAACAUGAUGAAGAUAUAUUCACUGAAUCAACAAGAAGAAUAAUGAACAUAUGAAUACCACCUAAAAAUACACUGAAUAAAGUACUCUACACCACAUAGCAUUAUUUUUAUAGGAGAUAUUUCAUGUCCCUUAAAUAUUCUUUGUUAGUUAUAGGGAUGGACAGUUUAUGUUAAGCACUUAGCUUAAACAAUCCGUUUAUAUUAGCACUGUAUCCCUUGUGCCAUCCAACAUUUUGUAUGUUUUUGUAAACAGUUCAUAUACAGUACAUUUCUGUACUGCUUUCUUUAAUGUAUACAUGCCUUGUUUAACUUGGAAUCUAUUAUUAAUCAAUUGACUAUGAAUUCUGGUUAAAUAGUUCACCUGGAUUAGCGGUAUUGUUGGACAGCCCUAAAAAUGGCCAGAUUGUAGAACAGCUGUUGAAUGUAAUACUUCCAAAAUGUACAUAUCUUUCCCCAUGUCUGUUUCACUGGUUCGUUCGUUUGUUUCUUAAAGUCAGGUGCUCUGUCAGGCUAACCUAGAGAGCUGUUAUGGUAAAGAAAGUUAUCAUAUGUGUGUGGUAUGACAUCAAGAGUACACCUGUGAAGUUAGUCCAUAUACUUUGCAACUCCUUAGGGUCUUUUUUCCUUUAUUAAGGAAGUAGUCCUUGCACUUUUAAUCUUAAAUAGUAUCCAUUCUUAGUAGUUGACAUAAAUUUGGGAUUUUUCCCAAUGUACAUCAAAGGCCUUUAAGAGGCAUGGUGAAGAGACUGGCGAAGGAAAAUUUAGCAACAGGUCAUUGAAGUCCCAUUGAAUAUUUCAUGUUUCAAUAGAUCAAAUUGCAGAAUUUAGCAUAUGAAUAACAGGAUACCUGUUCUUGUAUACCUGCAGGAAAAGUAUGCUUUUUUGGGGAAAAAAAGUAAAUCAUAAUUCUAGCCCAUUAAGAUGCUCUAUAUUAAACACUAAUUUGAAUGUAAUAAAGGCCACAGGCCUCUCUAUGAAAUUGGACUUAAACUUUCUUAUUCUAGGGAAUAAAACAUUCUUGAUCAAUCAUAGCUGAGGUAGGCUAAGUGAAUGUUCAGCAUUGAGUGUUUUCUGAAUUCCUCCUGAUGAUUUAUAGCCAUAUAAUGCUUUCUUUUCUUUUUUUUAAAAUUUUCAUUGGAGUAUAGUUGAUUUACAGUAUUGUGUUAGUUUCAUAUAAUGCUUUCUUUAACUUCAGAAAUGAUCACUUUUCAUAAUGGUCACUGGAUCUGCUUAGAUUAGAGUAUUCAUUAUCUACAUCUAAUUUGUUAGUUUCCACAAUAUCAUUAAAGAAACUUCUGCAUCCAUUAUUACCUGUAUCUUUGCCAAGCUACCUAGCAUACAUCAAUAUGUAAUAUGAAAAACAUAUGAGCAAGGAAAAGGUGAUUUAACUUAUCUCAUCAAGAAUGUGCCUGAACAGAUCUUUCCUAGUCAUGUACUAAGUCAUUUACAUCAGAACUCUUUUUUUCCUGCCAGAAGCUUUAAAUCUUCCCCUGAGAGUACAAAGCCAGGAAAGCAUGGUUUAUCUAAAUAUCUUGGAAGCCGCUCAUUAUUCCUUAAUUUCUCCUCUGUGCAAUUAAAGGGAAAGAGGAAAUCUAUCAUGCCUUUUGCCCAAGUGACACAAAAUGAUUAUUGCAUAGAAAGCAAAUGUAAGUUUAUCUUCUAAAUAAAAAAUGUAUAGGAGGAGGGAUUUCAGAAGAUCUAGAUGGAGAAAGUUUUUAAAUAUUCUUGAGUAUAUGGAUGCUAACUAUUAACAGCUGCUUUCCAAUGCCUGGAAAGAAAGCUUUGUUUUUCUUUCUCCUCUAUUAAGUGUUCCCAACCAUGGUCAUCCCAAAUUUUUGUCACUUUUAAAAUGUUAAUGUAACUCUAGGCAGAAAAAAGAUAGCAUUUUCAGAUUUUUGGCACUAACACUAUUCCAUAAGUGCUUAGGUGUAUUGCCCAUCAUCGUCUUUUAGAACCAGAAGUAAAUGUGUAAAUGCUUUUAAAUUAUCUAGUCCAACUUUCUCAUAUUGCAGGUAAAGAACCUGAGACCCAAAGCAAAGACUAGAAUCCUUAACUUCCCUUUCAGUUUUUUUCCCUCAUAACACCGUGCUGCCUUCCCCUCGUAUUAUCACUCGACCACAAACUGAGCUGUUCAAAAACUAUAUAUUUCCUGGGGCAGUCCUCUACUAGUAUAUGAAUGCCUUCUUUGCCUAGUACAGCUGCCAGUUUUAUUGGAGAAAAGCAAGUUAUAUGUUCACAAAACUGGAGGCUUUCUGCCUAAAAAGCAGUUCACGAGUAUAAUUUAUUUCAUCUGUGAUUCUGGUGUUCCUAUUGCCUUUGACAGAGCAGACAAACUUGGCCAACAAUGUGCUCUAAAUGUAAUGCUUGUGCUGGGAUAACCUUUCCAUUAAUUUCUCCAAGUCCAGUUCCUCCUGGCCCCUAUAGUUGUGGUAGUGAGGCCCUUUCCCAGUUAGUCCUGCUGGUUACCAGGGCUUCUCCCAGGAGGUUUUAUUUCAAUCUGAAAGAUACUUCAAUAUGAAAGAAGGAACUAAACUAUCAGGCCACUUUUACAAACCUCCUCUUAGCUUAUAAUCCACAAUAAUAUCCAGAAUGGUAGACUUAACAUUACCAAGCACGUACUGGAAAAUAUGGAUCACACUACCAUGUGUUUUCUAGCUUCCCUUUCAAGUGAUGAUGCUAAAUUAAGGUAAGUUUUUUGUCCUUUUAAGCUGUCGUAUAAGUAAGUCAUUUCAGCUCCUAAUUUAUAGAUAUGUCUUCUAAAUACAAUAGACCCUUCACUUUAACAGAUCUGAUAUGGAUUCAUUUAUUCACAAGCAACCCCAAAAGUCCAAAAAUAUAAUAAUUUUGACAGGGCACAGAAUCAAGAUGCUGUGAGGCUGGAGACUGACGUGUGGGAAAAGUCACUUAGUGAGUAUCUGGAGAGGGUGUGGUGUGUAUGCAGUAGAGAUUCUACAUUUCACACACAGUGGGCUGCGAAGAGCAGGUUUGGGCCAACCAUUUCCCAACUAUUUUUAAGAAGUGGUUGCUGUUGGGACCAGGGGACAUCUUGGGAGGUGGGGCUAGCCUGUUAGCUGUGCCCUGUACCCUCAGCCCAGGAAAGAUUUCAUGAAUGGGCAGCAUGGGUUGGGUAAGAAAGAGGCUGGGGUACGUCCAGCCUCAGGUGAGAGCAGAAAAGCGUUCAAGAUUUGGGGGCUUGGUAUAGAUGUGCAUCACCAUGAAAGUCAGCAAUACACAUUUCAACAUGGCUUUGAUUUUCUCUACUUCCUGGCCUUUAUAAAUGAGCUAAAAUUUUUCAGUCUUCUUUACUAUUGAGAAUUCUCUCUUAUGGUGGUAUCCAGCAUUUGAGAUUUAUGAAGGCAUUAGGACAGAUAUCUCAGGAAUGUAAACGGUCAGAAAAGGUCUGCUUUCUGUGACGAACAGAUAUGAUGGGUUCCAUGGCUGACCUUGGUGCUUAAACCAGGAGGUUUCAAUCCAGUCCUAGAGUUCUGUCCCUCUGAAAGGUCCAACUCCAUGUGACUAACAAACUGGAUGUAUACUUUGAGCCUUAUUUAAUUCACAGAUAAGUUGACCUAACUCAGCAUUUUUAUUUCAAUUAAUGAAAAUAGUCCUCUUUUCACCUCCAGAUUGCUUACAUUUUGCUGGUCUCCCCAAGUGACCAUUGGUGGAGACCAGUUAAUGAAGGAAUGAAACUCGCUUUCUUGGGAGUGUGGUAUUCUGCAGAGCCACGCUUAACCACUUUUUCUAGUGAAGAAUCUACAGAA